AAUUUUAAUUCCGGAGCUGGUGAUUUUCAUCCCACAAUAUUGGCAGCACUGGGUAGGUAGCGCCAACAGUUCUUAAGUACCUUACACUUACAGUGCGUAUGUACAUACGUGUGACUGCCGGCGCGUAUUUGCGUAACCUCGAAAUCUCGAAAACAACACUCUUGGAAGCUUGGAAAAUAAAAUCGAAAAUAAGUUACUACUAUGGAAGAGAGAGAUCCAGUAGAAGUCCAUGUAGCAAGGACUCUCAGAAGAAUUCGACAAAUUAUAGCUGAUGUUGUCAGAUCAUAUGAAUAUUCGAAGAGUAUAGAGUACAGUUCACUUUAUAUGGCUAAGAGAAAUUUAAGGAGAAUAUCUACUGAAAUAUCAGUAAAUACUUAUAACGAACUAUUGGAAGCUAUAGAGGCUUUAUUUUUAAUUCGAUGUGAAGGGCAUCAGCAACGAGGUUAUAUUGCACCCAGAAUAAAUUCAAACAGAAAAGGUCGUCCUGCUGUUGAGUUGAAUGAAGGACAAUUAACUUUAUUGUACAAUGAAGGAUAUACCGCUGUUAAUAUGGCAAAUCACUUAGGUUGCUCAAAAAGUACCAUUUACAAAAAGUUACGUGAAUUAAAUAUGCCCAUGCGUGCGCGCUUUUCACAAAUAUCAGAUGAUGAAUUAAAAAUAACUGUUGCACAAAUUCAUCAAGAGCAUCCCAGAGCUGGACAUAUAAUGAUGCAAUCGUAUUUAAAGGCAGCAGGAGUUUUUGUGCCCAGACAUCGAACAAGAGAAACUUUGAACGCCAUAGAUCCAAUUGGUGCUGCGAGUAGAUGGAGCCAAGCGAUAAGGAGAAGAAGUUACAAAGUAGCAACUCCAAAUUCAUUAUGGCAUAUAGACGCACAUUUGAAACUGUCAAGAUGGGGUUUUGUGAUUCAUGGGUGUAUUGAUGGUUAUUCGAGAAUGAUAAUAUAUUUAGAAUGCGAAACAUCUAUUCAAGCAGAUCCUGUCGUCAAUUUCUUUGUGAAUGCAGUAAAUAGUUAUGGUCUUCCUUCACGAGUACGGUCAGAUCACGGAUACGAAAAUCUGCUUGUGGCCGUUUUAAUGAACACAAUUCGCGGCAUGCAUAGAGGAAGCCACAUAACUGGCAAGUCGGUUCAUAACCAAAGAAUUGAACGAUUAUGGGUCGAUGUCUUUAAAGAAGUAUGUGAUUCUAUUUAUACUGAAUUGUAUUCUUUAGAAGAUCAAGGCUUAUUAGAUAUUGAAAACAACACGCACAAAUUUUGUGUACAAUAUAUUUAUAAAAAUGUAAUUAAUAAAAAGCUGUCAUCAUUCCAAUCUGGAUGGAAUGUGCAUGGUAUAAGAACGGAAAAUAAUAAGUCUCCACGGCAACUGUGGUUGAAUGGAAUAUUGGAAAAUUACGAUAUGACUUCUACAGCAGUGCGUGAUAUUUUCGAUACCGAUAAUAUGACGUUAUAUGAAAAACUUUCGGAUUCCUUACAAGCUUUAGGAGUCGAUCUUUCCGUUUCUGUUGUAAAUAGCAACACGAGUAUUCCUUUUUCGUCUUUUACCGCGACAUUACAAAUAAGUGAAGAACAAAAAUUGCAGCUGGAGAAUAUUAUUAGUUUGGAAGAAAAAUGUAAUAAAGAAAAAUAUAUGCUAUGUGUAAAUUUAUUAAGUUCUUAAUACACUAAUUAAUAUUAUUUUAUUAAUAUUAAGUUAAUUAAUAGUAACACUUUAAGUAAUUAUACACUUUACUAUAAUAUAUUAUCACGGUAAAGUACGAUGAGAGGUUAAAUAAGUAAUAAUUUUUUUUUCUUACUUCGAAAAUAAAUUUAUUUUUUUAUAUAAAAUUAUUCAUUAAUAAUUAAGUACGUCUACUCUAAUAAGUCUUGGUGAUUUAACAAAAACUACAUAUUUAAUCUGCUAUUACAAUAGGAACACUUGUUUGAACCAUUGUAAACCUAUUUACUUUUUAAUAUUGUAAUGAAAUAAAACUCA